AUGGAUUUGUGUGUGUGCAACAACAAAAAUUAUGUAGUCAUCUGUAACUACCACUCAAAUUACCCUGAAGUAUGUCCACUAAAGAAGACAAGAACAGCGGUAAUCAAAGCUAUGAAGUUCAUAUUCGCAGGUCAGGGCUUUCCUAAAAUCAUUAUCUCGGAUAAUGGACCUCAGUUCACCUCGGAAGAAUUUCUAAAACUUGGAGAAAACUACAACUUCCAGCACAAAACAUCAAGUCCGAAACCCCAACAGUCUAAUGGAUUAGGAGGGAAAACUAUAAGUAUCAUCAAUAAUCUACUCAAGAAUUCAGGAGAGGAUUUUUACCUUAGUCUCCUUGCUUACCGUGCAACACCGUUAUCCUGUGGUAAAUAA